AUGGCGUGGGCGGAACCUAGAAACACGGGGAUGCAGUACCGGCGACUCGGGAACUCGGGCCUUCAUGUCUCGGUUCUCGGCCUCGGAGGAUGGCUCACAUUCGGUGGACACGUCGAUAAUGAAAAAACGAUUGCUUGCAUGAAGCAGGCAUAUGACUGCGGAAUCAACUUCUUCGAUACCGCCGAGAGUUAUGCGGACGGUCAAUCGGAGAUCGCCAUGGGCCACGCCAUCGAGAAGUUGGGCUGGAAGCGCAAUGAUAUUGUGAUUAGCACCAAGCUCAACUGGGGUGGCGCCAACGGCGAGGUCCUCGUCAACAACCACGGACUCUCCCGCAAGCACAUCGUCGAGGGUCUGCGAUCAUCCUUGAAGCGUCUCAACCUCGAAUACGUCGACAUUGUCUACGCGCACCGGCCAGACCGAUUGACGCCCAUGGAGGAGACGGUUCGAGCCUUCAAUCAUGUCAUUGAGCGCGGCUGGGCCUUUUACUGGGGUACCUCUGAGUGGUCGGCCGAUGAGAUCGCCGAAGCGUGCGGGAUCGCCCGAGAGCUGCGCCUGAUUCCUCCAGUCGUCGAGCAGCCUCAAUACAAUCUGCUGGCGCGGGAAAAGGUCGAAAGUGAAUUCCAACGUCUCUACAGCCGAUUUGGCCUUGGCUUGACGGUCUUCAGCCCCAUCAAGAUGGGCCUGCUCAGUGGUAAAUAUAACGAUUCGCCCGAUCAGCCCCCGGCCGGAUCCCGUUUCGCGGUCAGCAACGAUAAAUUCAGCAACAUGGUCCGUGAAUCGAUGUAUGGCAAUGAUGAGUGGAAGGAGUCUAUCUCCAAGGUCAUUAAGUUGAAGCCCAUUGCCGAUCAACUUGGCGUCACACAGUCCCAGCUGGCCUUGGCCUGGUGUCUCAAGAACCAGAACGUUUCCUCGGUGAUCACGGGAGCAUCAAACCCUCAACAAAUUAUUGAGAAUGUUCAGGCCUUGAAGGUCCUUGAUCAACUGACCCCGGAGGUGAUGAAGAACAUUGACGACAUUGUCGGCAAGAUCGAGCUCGCCCCUGCGAGACAGGACUAA